AUGAUAGGAUACCUUCUAUUGGUGUGUGGAUCUGCCGUAUUUUUAGUCGUAACACUCUCUAUCACCCUGAACCCUCAUGAUUCUCGAACCGGAACGUGGAAAGAUUUAACCCCCAAUCACGGAGCGGUGACUUCCGACGUCAAACUAUGUUCGGAUAUAGGAGUCCAGCAGAUGAAAAGGGGGGGAAGCUCGAUAGACGCCAUAGUAGCGACCAUAUUUUGUAGGGGAGUUGUCAAUGGGGCACAUUCUGGCAUUGGAGGGGGAGGAAUGAUGAUCGUGUUAGAUUCUAAAUCCAAUGUCUCUCAAGUUAUAGACUUCAGGGAAACUAUGCCUAUGAACGCGGUGGAUCCAUGGGCUAAUAUCGGUUCCAUCAUAGGCGUUCCGGGAGAAGUAAAAGGGCUUUUCAAAGCCCACGAACUGUACGGAAAAUUAACUUGGAAGGAUAAUGUGGAGCCAGCAAUGAAACUGGCGGAAAAUGGGUUUCCAAUAACGGAAGCUACAUGUAAUCAAAUCUUAUUAAUUUAUUUUCAUAAAGACAGUGCCUUGGUAAAGAAAUUCGAAUCCCCUAGCCAAUUGGAAAGGGAUUUUCCUCAAAUAGCUUCCCUAUAUUUAUCCAAAAUCUCAAAUGCUACUGACUUUAGCAAUUCGACCAACCAAACCGUCCAAUAUCUUGAAGUCAGGAGCCUUAUCAAGAAUUUAGCGUUGGCCAAAGUUCUGAGAAGAAUCGCUAACGAAGGUCCAGCAGCUAUUUACGAAGGAAGUAUAGCGGAACACAUCGUCGAAGCUGUUAACGCGAAGGGAGGCGCAAUGACGUUAGAGGAUUUGCGAGAUUACCAACCGGAAAUGAGGAACGCCUUCGAAACUUCCUUCCUAAAAGGAAGGUACACCAUCUUGUCGUGUCCGCCUCCGGCUUCUGGCCCUAUCUUGGGAUUAGUACUCAAACUUUUAGAGAGAUUGGGAGCCUUCGAUAUGGUCAACGCUAGCAAAAUUACACCAUUCUUGGCUCAAUUUUACGAUAACACGUUGUCGUGUACUAUUCCUUGUGACCGGGCUGAGGAUAAAUCUUCCUGGGUGCUGAGGAUGAACUGCGGGAACAAUAAGACUUGCGAUGACCCUAGAUCAACUAAUUCUAAUCCGAAAGCCAGAUCGAGAAGGCAGAUAGUAAUACCCAUUGAUCCUAAAAAUGGGAACAAUAUUUUGGUGAUGAUUCCAUCAAAGCAUGAUAAUAUGUCGACUUCUUCCUUUAUUGACACUAGUACCCAAUAUCCUUAUUACUCGGAAAAGGAUCUGAGGCAUUUCCCGAUUCAUCCUUUCUUUGAAAACGCUCCAAAUCUGAGUUUGGAGCAGUUAACCAUGUUUUAUCAUUGGGUUAUAGAAUCCUUCAAAUUGGCCUCAGUCUACAGUAACUACGUGGCAGAUCCCGGUCCUGAAUAUUCCCCUUAUUCGGAUAACGAUGUCUCUACAUAUUCUAACACAGGUGACAACAAGAUUCUAUAUAUGGUACAGAGCAUGUUUGAAAGCCGUAAUCUAGAUUUAUUGGCUAACAAGAUAUCUAACGAGCGUUCCAACAACAAAUAUAGCCAAGAAGUGUAUGGUAGCAAUGGCACCGCGCACGCUUCCGCAAUCGAUAAGAAUGACCUCAUCGUAUCGGUCACCACAUCCAUCAACAAUUUAUUCGGCUCUAAAGUGAUAUCUCAUGAUGGAAUUCUACUGAACGAUCAUAUGGAUGAUUUUACUAAGGAUAUAAAUUCAUUCAAUUAUCCCGCUCCUGGCAAAAGACCUCAUACCUCUAUGGUUCCCACCAUAGCUUACGAUAGGCUUGCCGAUUGUGGCUACAAAAUUGCUUUGGGUGGUUCUAACGGAACUAGAAUAAUCAGCGGAGUGACCCAGGUGCUCAUGUACGUUCUAGCCUUCGGCGAUACCCUAGAAACUGCCAUGGCCAGACCCAGGCUCUACUUUAAUUGUCAAACAGACAUUAUCGAAGUAGAAGAAAAUUUCCCGAAUCUCAUCUUACGAAGCUUAGAGAAGAAAAAUCACAAAUUUUUGAAAGUGGAAGGCCUCAAUAGUGUCCUGCCUAUCAUGAAAUUCCAGAAUAAAAUUUUUGCCAGCUCAGAUCCCAGGAAAUCUCCUAUUCAAUCAGCUGCUAUUUUUUAG